AUGGCGAAGAGGUCGCGCAGGUGGGUGACAUCCCUUUCGCCCAAGCCUGUCAGCACCGCCUCGGCUCCUGUUCUCUUUCCUUUCUCGCUGCCUCCUCCCCCCAUCAGGCCCUCCCCAGCCGGGGCAGAGGUUUUCCUCCCGCUGCCCCACAGCCGCGUCGGCCUCGUUGGCCCAAGCGCCUCCGCGACGUGUGGAGAGUUGGGGACCAGUGUGUUUAAGACGCAGAAAGUGAGUAACAAAUGCCCAGGUGGCCCCUUUGAGCUGAUUCUCCCCACAGUGCACGUCCAGACUCCUGACCUCUCACAGCCACUUUUUGGAGAGAGGUUUCUUACCAAUGAGGAUGAGGAUGAUGACCUUCAGUAUGCUGAUCAUGAUUACGAAGUACCACAACAAAAAGGUCUGAAGAAACUCUGGAACAGAGUAAAAUGGACAAGAGAGGAGGAUGAUAAGUUAAAGAAGUUGGUUGAACAACAUGGAACUGAUGAUUGGACUUUAAUUGCUAGUCAUCUUCAAAAUCGUUCUGAUUUUCAAUGCCAGCAUCGAUGGCAGAAAGUUUUAAAUCCAGAAUUGAUAAAGGGACCUUGGACUAAAGAGGAAGAUCAGAGGGUUAUUGAAUUAGUACAGAAAUAUGGACCAAAAAGAUGGUCUUUAAUUGCAAAACAUUUAAAAGGAAGAAUAGGCAAGCAGUGUAGAGAAAGAUGGCAUAAUCAUCUGAACCCUGAGGUAAAGAAAUCUUCGUGGACAGAGGAAGAGGACAGAAUCAUCUAUGAAGCACAUAAGCGGUUGGGAAAUCGUUGGGCAGAAAUUGCCAAACUACUUCCAGGAAGGACUGAUAAUUCUAUCAAAAAUCAUUGGAAUUCUACUAUGCGAAGAAAAGUGGAACAGGAGGGCUAUUUACAAGAUGGAAUAAAAUCAGAACGAUCUUCAUCCAAACUUCAACACAAACCUUGUGCAACUAUGGACCAUUUGCAAACCCAGAAUCAGUUUUACAUACCUGUUCAGAUCCCUGGCUAUCAGUAUGUGUCACCUGAAGGCAAUUGUGUAGAACAUGUUCAGACUUCUUCUGCCUUUAUUCAGCAACCCUUUGUUGAUGAAGAUCCUGAUAAGGAAAAGAAAAUAAAGGAACUUGAGUUACUUCUUAUGUCAGCUGAGAACGAAGUUAGAAGAAAGUGCAUUCCAUCCCAGCCUGGAAGUUUUUCUAGCUGGUCUGGUAGUUUCCUUGUGGAUGAUAGCAUGACUAAUACUCUAAAUAGCCUCGAUGAGCACGCUCGUGAGUUUUAUGGUAUGGAUGAAAAUCAGGCUGUGUCUGCUCAGCAGAAUUCACCCACGAAGUUCCUGGCUGUGGAGGCAAAUGCUGUGCUGUCCUCUCUGCAGACCAUUCCAGAAUUUGCAGAGACUCUAGAACUUAUUGAAUCUGAUCCUGUAGCAUGGAGUGAUGUUACCAGUUUUGAUCUUUCUGAUGCUGCUGCUUCUCCUAUCAAGUCCACCCCAGUUAAACUAAUGAGAGUUCAACACAAUGAAGGAGCCAUGGAAUGUCAAUUUAAUGUCAGUCUUGUACUUGAAGGGAAAAAAAACAGUUGUAGUGGUGGAGACAGUGAGGCUAUUCCUUUAACAUCCCCAAAUGUGGCCAGGUUUAGCACUCCACCAACCAUCCUCAGAAAGAAGAGAAGAAUGCGAGUGGGUCAGUCCCUCGGCAGCGAACUUGGUGAUGAUGGCUCAUUCAGCGAUGGUGGUAAUACAGCAUUAAAACACACACCAGUGAAAACACUACCAUUUUCUCCUUCACAGUUUUUCAACACAUGUCCUGGAAAUGAACAACUUAAUAUAGAAAAUCCUUCAUUUACAUCUACCCCUAUUUGUGGGCAAAAAGUUCUCAUUACAACUCCUCUUCAUAAGGAAGCAACUCCCAAAGAUCAAAAGGAAAAUGUAGGGUUUAGAACACCUACUAUUAGAAGAUCUAUAUUGGGCACCACACCAAGAACUCCUACUCCUUUUAAGAAUGCACUUGCUGCUCAGGAGAAAAAAUAUGGACCUCUUAAAAUUGUGUCCCAGCCACUUGCCUUCUUGGAAGAAGAUAUUCGGGAAGUUUUAAAAGAAGAAACUGGAACAGAUAUAUUCCUCAAAGAGGAAGAUGAACCUGCUUACAAAAGCUGCAAACAAGAGCAAACUGCUUCUGUGAAGAAAGUCAGAAAAUCACUAGUCUUAGAUAAUUGGGAAAAAGAAGAACCAGGCACUCAACUAUUGACUGAAGACAUUGCAGACUUGCAGUCAGAAAAUAUAUUUACAACAUCUUUAUUCAUGAUACCAUUAUUGGAAAUGCAUGACAAUAGGUGCAACUUGACUCCUGAAAUACAAGAUAUAAAUUCAACCAACAAAACAUAUACACUUACUAAAAAGAAAACAAAUCUUAACACUUCCAAAGUUGUCAAAUUGGAAAAGAAUCUGCAGUCAAAUUGUGAAUGGGAAACAGUGGUUUAUGGGAAGACAGAAGACCAACUUAUCAUGACUGAACAAGCAAGAAGAUAUCUGAGUACUUACACAGCUACCAGCAGUACUUCAAGAGCUCUAAUACUAUAAUUGUUAUUGAAAUUGAUGAAAUGUCCCACUCCCUUGCUGUAUUCUAUUCUAAAUUAGGUUGCAGUGAAAUUUUUCUCAAUUUUUUUAAAGUUUUAAUAUAGCAUCUUUUUUCCAUAUUGGAUAGGCAAAAAGCUAAUAAGCCACUUAAGUAAGGGGUAGGCAAUUUCAUAGUUUACUUUUUAAGAGAUAAGAUUUUUAAAAUUGUUUUUAAAGAACAAGAUGAGAAAAUGACAAAAUGUUCAUGGAUUUUCUAAAAGUAAAUUCUCACUUCUUUUUCACAAGAUGUAUGUUGCUACUCUCUUGAUGCUGCAGUUUUAUUAUAGAUAGGUGUAUGAGUAUGUAUGAUUUCUGAAAUUAGUCUGUGUAUGGGAAGCACACAUGGUUUUAUGAAUUACUUUUGCCACGUGCUGAUUUACUUAGGCUAUCAUUUACAAGGAAACACAGUAGAAAGGAAUUUAAAGGAAGGAUAGAAAGUUGCACUACUAGUUUUUGGUGUUUUUCAGAAACAGUAAGAAUUAACUACAGUAUUAAAUGUAUUUAUUUGAGCAUAGUACUAAAAAAAAAAAAAAGCAUUGUAAAAGGGUUUUUUUCCUUACUAGUAAAUAGUAUUUUCUUCAUAAAUCUCAGAAAAGCUGAGAGUUUUGUUGAAUGUAUUGUACAGUAUGUAGGAGCAGGAAAUCUUUGUAAAUUGGAAAGAAGUCUGUUUUUAUAAUUUAUUGUCAUUUUUAAAGCUUAAAUGUAGAUAUUUAUAUAUAUACAGGAUGUCUAGAAGCCAAUGUUGUUUCCUGUUAUUACAGCUAA